AUGGUUCCACACGUACUUAGUGAAGAGGCUCCCAAGAGCCCGAAUGGUAUCACCGCCAGCGAAGUUAGUUUUGGUGGUUCAAGUGUUUCAAGAUUAGUCACAUCCAAUCCCUUUGGUUUAACCACAGACCCUAAACUGAUCAGAGGCACAACUUACACAUCAACUGGUACCCUCAUCAACCAGACAGUUUAUGCUAUUGCAUCAAAAAUUUUCAGCUACGAAACUGUUGGUGCAGAGAACUUACUAGACUCGUACAUUCAAGUUUGGUUACACAACCAACAAUCAAAUGCUUUCGGUAUUGUUCCAUUUUACAACAAAUUUGAAGUUAGGUCAGGUGCUUCUAAUGCUAUUUUGGGAUAUUUUAAAAAGAACGGAACUAAUGGUCAACCAGUUUCAACCAUUUUAGGUGCCAGUGGUAUUGAUUAUAUGAGAAGCUCUUUAUCAGGACAAAAAGCACCAUUGGCUUUGAAUGUUUCAGCAGUUGAUUUUGUUGAUAAUGCAUUGGUAUCCAACUAUGGAAGAGUUUUAAAUGCUGCUAGAGAUUUGAAUUUCCCGAUCUUUACUCCUACUGAAACUGGUGAUGAGAGUCAACACUUGGCAAUUUUGAACCAUUUUUAUGCUUUUGGUACCGGUAAACCCUCAAUAUUUUUAUAUGAGGGUGUUGAGGCUGCCAAGAACUUCAAGAAAUUUGAGGAAGUGUUGUCAGUUGAGGAGAUUGGCCAAUUGUAUCAAAACUUGUUAGAUUCUGCUCCACCAGCAGAUCUUAGUGUUGAUGCUGCUUUCGCAUUAUUGAACAAAUUUACUGGAAAAAGCUACUCUCAGUUUGAGUAUGUGGGUGGAAAGAAUGCUAAAACUGUGUUUGUUGCCUAUGGAACUCAUAUCAAUGAGCAAUGGAAAAACCUUAUCAAUGAAGACAUCGGGUUAGUGCAAGUUAGGGUCCCACUUCCAUUCAACCAGGAUAACUUUUUACAGGCCAUCCCUGAUUCAACCGAAAAGUUGGUGGUGUUGACACCUGGUAAUGACAAGUUGAAGGCAGAUAUUAGUGCUGCUUUAUUUUUGAGUAACAGAUAUUAUUCUCUUUCAAUUGAAGAAUUCAAAUACCCAUUUGAUUUCAACUGGACACCCAUCACCAUUGCAAAAACAAUUUCUAAGUUUGAUUUCCAUGUGAAGAUUGAAAAUAUUUUGCCUUCUUACAAUAGCGAGCCUAAAGAUCAAAUCAUUACUGCCAACACAUCACCUGAAGGACAAUACUUGUUCUGGAGCAGAGAUGAUCGUAUCGUUGUUGAUACGGUUGACAAGUUGGCUCUUUCCUUGUCUUUGGAUGACUCAAAGAAUGUUGCUAUUAGAAACAAAUUUGAUAACUCGAAAUCAGGUGGUGUAUUCUUUUCACAAAUUACUUCUACUACUGGACCAUUCAGCACGACUGAUGCAGCAGAUGUUGUUGUCAUCGAGGACUUAUCUUUGUUGAACUAUUACGAUAUUUUGGCAACUGCUAAACCUGGUGCUACUGUCAUUUAUAUCAAUCAAAAACAACUGAUUGAUGUGGAGAAAUUACCACUUGAAUUCAAGAAGUCAUUGGCUUUGAACCAUAAUAAACUUGUUGCCGUUGACUUUACAGUUGUUGAUGCUUUGGAUGAAACCAACAACGGAACCAAGGGUUUGACUGCGGAACUUUUAUUACAAUUGGCUUUUUGGAGAGCAACUUUGCCUGAAUUGGGAGAUUACAUUGUCAACAAGUUGUUACAAGCUAAUGGUGGCUCAUUUGAAUUGUUGGCAACAGUUUUAGACAACUUUAUUAAGGCUACCGAUUUAAAGAAUGCAAUUGUAAACCUUGAAGUGUUGCCCGAGUGGCAAGAUUUGAAAGAAGAGGUUCUUCAACAAGAUGAAGGUGAUAAGAAAGAGGAAGCAUCUGCUGAGAAGAAGGAGGAAGCAUUCAACACCACCGAUAAGAAUGUUGAGGAAAACUUCCAAGAGAAAGAAGUCGAACCUCUUCCAUUCUUUGUUACCGAGACUUCAGUUUUUCCCAACCCGAGAGUGCCACUUGAAAAACCUGAAGAAAUUAACAAUACUUUCCACAAACACAUUGCUCAAAAGAUCGUUUUCCCCGAGGCAUUUAAGCUUAGCAAAGAUUUGAGACCAGACUUGCCAGUCACAAACUUCGUUGUCAAAGUGCAAGAAAACAAGAGGUUAACACCAGCUGAAUACUCAAGAAAUAUUUUCCAUAUUGAAUUUGAUAUUACUGGAACUGGCUUGAAAUAUGAAAUUGGUGAGGCAUUGGGUAUUCAUGGAAGAAACAAUUCUGAACAAGUUGAAGCUUUCCUUAAAUUUUAUAAUGUUGAUGGUGACUCUUUAGUUGAAUUAACCAACAAAGAAAAUCCAGACUUGGUUGAAAUUAGGUCUGCAAGACAUAUCUUGAGCGAAUCAAUUGACUUUUUGGGUAAACCACCAAAGAGAUUUUAUGAAUCUUUAGCUGAAUUUGCAUCCGAACCUAAGGAGAAGGAACACUUGACCAAAUUAGCAAGUGCAGAGGGAGCAGAAGAGUUGAAAAAAAGACAAGAUGUUGAUUUUGAUUCAUAUUUCGAUAUCUUGGAAGAAUUCAAAUCCGCAAGGCCAAAAUUUGGCGAUUUGGUAAAAAUCAUUGCUCCAUUGAAGAGAAGAGAAUAUUCAAUUGCAUCGUCACAAAAGAUUCAUCCUAAUGCAGUGCAUUUGUUAGUUGUUGUCGUUGACUGGAUUGACCCUAAGGGAAGAUUGAGGUACGGUCAUUGUUCAAAGUACUUGUCCGAUUUGAAGGUUGGCGAUGAAUUGGUUGUUAGUGUUAAGCCCUCAGUUAUGAAGCUACCACCAUUAACGACACAGCCAAUUGUCAUGUCUGGUUUGGGUACUGGAUUAGCUCCAUUCAAAGCUUUCAUCGAGGAGAAGAUUUGGCAACGACAACAGGGUCAUGAAAUUGGUGAAAUUUAUCUUUACAUGGGAUCAAGACAUAAAAAGGAAGAAUAUCUUUAUGGUGAAAUCUGGGAGGCUUACAGAGAUGCUGGAUUAUUGACACACAUUGGUGCUGCAUUCUCUAGGGAUCAACCUCAAAAGAUUUACAUUCAGGAUAAAAUCAGAGAAUCUAUCAAUGACUUGACUGAUGCAAUUGUGAGCAAGAACGGUUCAUUCUAUUUAUGUGGUCCUACAUGGCCUGUACCAGAUAUUACUGCUUGUUUAGAGGAUAUCGUGUCAAAUGGCGCUAAACUUGAAGGCGAGGAAUUAAAGGACGUGGCUAAAGUCGUCGAAGACAUGAAAGAAGAAGGAAGAUAUAUUUUAGAAGUUUAUUAG